AUGGCCAGCGAGAAGGGACGACCCCGCGUGAUGGUGCCCAAGUAUACAGAGGUUACCGUCCAUAACAUUGCCAGCAUGCAGUUUGGUAUUCAGAUGGCAAUCAACCGAGCAGUCUACAUUUCCGUCGACUUUGAAUUUUCUGGACUAGGAGAUCGCAAACAGCAAACCCGAUCAGACGAUUUGGCUGUACGAUACAAGGCUUUAGCCAAUGUAGCUCAGAGGUAUGCCCUGCUCACGAUGGGCUUGACUACUUUUGAGCUUGCUCCAUCAAAGGGCAACGACUUGGAGCAUCGAUACACAGUCAACAAUUUCGCGUUCUUACUCAAGUGCCAAAAAGACUAUCAAGUCUCAUCAGCUAGCUUAUCCUUCUUGGCUGAUACUGGAUUAGACUUGUCUCGUGUUAUGAGGGAUGGGAUACCGUAUAUGCCUGGCACCCACAAGAAUACUAUGGCACCGGCAGACGCUGUAACCAAUCCUGAAUGGUGUCUUCGUAGCAUCCUGACCCAUACGUUGAGCCGUAAAGUCCCCUUCAUCAUCCACAACGGUUUGCUCGACUUGUGCUUCCUGUAUGAAGCCUUCUAUACAGAGCUGCCAGAUACGCUAGACUCGUUUAUAGUAGAUCUGUACGAGUUGUUUGCUGGAGGCUUGUAUGACACCAAGUAUAUUGCAGAUUAUGUUGAUCGGGAGGGGGCUAGUUUUUUAUCCUACCUGUAUCGCAAAUAUGAGCGGGAACAGGUGGCUAGGAAGCUCAAAGGAACUGAACACUUUCUUACAUUUGAAGCCAAUCCACCGCUACAUGUAAAGAUUCAGCCACCACCACUGCUAUCUGGCAAGAGAGGAGCUGAUCGGUUGUUUUGUGAACACUACGCGUCUUUUGGAUAUUGCAAGAAUGGAAGACAAUGUUUCUACUCUCAUGAUCUGGACGUGAUUCUAGACUGUGAAGAGAAGGGUCUUGCCAGAAAGUCAAAGAAGAGGAAGAGGAAUAAUCAUAAGACUGAUAGCAAUGGUACAGUAGCAACUACUGAGGACACCACAGAUAUCGUCAAGACUGACGCCAUAACAGACGCUAACAAGCAAACACCCAUACAUAACGAGCCUGAUGUAUUGAUGCAACCCGCUCUACCAGUCCUUUCAUCGUCUAUACCACCAGCAUCAACUUCAUCCCCGUUAACAGCACCACCUAUAGUAGUCAAUCUCCCAGCCACCACCGCCGUAUUCGAAGUAUAUCACUCGGCAGCUUUUGAUGCAUAUAUGACUGGAUGUGUAUUCGCCCACCAACAAUUGCACCAUACAGUGAUUGAAACACGCCCGAACGGUAUCAAGGAUUUUGUCAACAAGAUCAAUCUGAUGGGUAAAGACAAGCCGCUUUUGAUUCAGCCUUCUGCAUUUGCAAAGAUAAGUGAUGGACAUCGGGAUAUGAAGAAGAGGUUGUUCGAGGAGAGUGGUGGUGGUACGGGGGGAAGCAGUGGCGAAUCAGAAACUUAG